GGUACUGUACUGAGAAUCGCACCAACAAUUCCCUUUUUCCCAUUCGUUUUUUCUUUCAAUUUAACCCCAAAAUCUGAACUCCAACGAACAAUGCUAUCAAUUUCUCUUCGAUUUGUUGGCAGAGAAAGUGAAAUUUCUGCAUCUUUCUUACCAAGCUUCCAUGGCGGCUCCCAAAGUCGAUGCUGCGUACCUCAAGGAAAUCGAGAAGGCCCGUCGAGACCUUCGCGCUCUCAUCUCCAAGGAGAACUGCGCUCCUAUCAUGCUUCGUUUGGCGUGGCAUGAUGCUGGUACUUAUGACGCUAUUACGAAAACUGGAGGUCCUGAUGGCUCCAUCAGAUUCAGGGAAGAAUUGAACCAUAAUGCAAAUAAGGGACUGAAAAUUGCAGUUGAUUUGUGUGAAACAGUGAAGGCCAGGCAUCCAAAAAUCUCAUAUGCUGACCUGUACCAGCUUGCCGGGGUUGUUGCAGUGGAGGUCACUGGCGGGCCAUCCAUUGACUUUGUCCCUGGAAGAAAGGACUCAGAUACAGUUCCAGAAGAAGGACGCCUUCCAGAUGCCAGACAAGGUGUGUCCCAUUUAAGGCAGGUCUUUGGCAGGAUGGGACUAACUGACAAGGAUAUUGUAGCCUUAUCUGGAGGCCACACAUUGGGAAGAGCUCACAAGGAUAGAUCAGAUUUUGAAGGCCCAUGGACAAAGGACCCUCUGAAGUUUGAUAACUCCUACUUUGUGGAAUUGCUGAAAGGAGACAAUUGGUCCAAGGAACCACUACUGAAGCUUCCUACCGACAAGGCCUUGCUUGAGGAUCAUGUGUUCUCCCAAUAUGUGAGGCUAUAUGCAAAGGAUGAAGAUAAGUUUUUUGAGGAUUAUGCAGCAGCUCACAAGAAACUGUCUGAGCUAGGCUUCACUCCACCUUCCGCCGUUCCCAGGAGCAGUGGCAAAUGGACAAAUCGAAUCCUGGGAGCUGCAGUAAUCGUGGCAGUCAUAGCAGCGAUAGUGAAAUUCAGAAGCGCUGUGUCGGGUUGAGAGGGUGGUGGCUUUCCUUCCAACUCUCAUCUGAUUUUAUUAUAAAACAUAUAAAACAUAUAUAUAUAUAUACUUUCUGUGACCUGUGUGUGUUAAAAAAUAUGAAUAAUUUGUUCCCGUUUGUAAAAGAUGUCUCUGAUUUAAUAAGGUAUGGGCAAAAAAGAGCUGUUCAAGAAAAUUAAUACACGCAGAAGAGCUUAGAAA